AUGGCAAUUUCGACAGUACCUAGGGCCACGUUAGCCACGUCAGCGUCUGGGCUUAGACUGCAAACCGGCUGCCAUGGUCUUGGGCUUCCCUUACGGCAAUUACGCCCGUUACAGUCACAGAAGCGAUCCAGAAGCAUUGUCACUAGAGCGGUCCUGGACCCUUCCAGUAUUGAUGCCGUGGUUUCCGCAGGAUCUAUAGCCGCACAUAAUCUUCUAUUCGCGGUUGCGGACGCUGCUGCUGACGUGGCACCAGCUGCUGCUGAGGUGGUGCAGGAUCGUGGCUGGUUCUCAGGCCUUGCUGAUCUCCUGGAAGCUUUUCUCAAGGUCUUAGAGGAGGGUCUGGUCUCUCUGAAGGUGCCCUACGCGUACGGCUUCUCCAUCAUUCUGCUCACCAUCAUCGUCAAGGUGGUGACGUUUCCGCUGACGAAGAAGCAGGUGGAGUCGACGCUCGCGAUGCAGAGCCUGGCGCCGCAGCUGAAGGCGAUCCAGGCGCAGUACGCGGGCGACCAGGAGCGCAUCCAGAUGGAGACGGCGAAAGUGUACCAACGCGCGGGUGUCAACCCCCUCGCAGGCUGCCUGCCCACGCUCGCCACUCUCCCCAUCUUCAUCGGCCUCUACCAGGCGCUUAGUAAUGUCGCUAAGGAGGGCGUGUUGACGGAGGGCUUUUUCUGGAUCCCAUCUCUCGCUGGCCCCACGUCCAUCGAUCCCACCGUCGAAGGCUCUGGCAUCUCCUGGCUCUUCCCCUUCAUUGUAAGCACACGCUGCUGCUUCAGAGCAUCUCUGAUGGCCAUGGCUUUCCCUCAUCCCUCUCUCCCCAUUGCCCCUUCCCUUCACAACUCAAUCACCCCUCCUUCUCUUUCCCCCUUCAUCUCCCGUCACCGUCCAUCCCAACCAAAACCACACUGCAGGAUGGCGCCCCCCCCUCUCGGCUGGGAGGCCACAGCAGCGUACCUCGUGCUGCCAGUGCUGCUGGUGGUGUCACAGGCGCUCUCCAUGCAGAUCAUGCAGCCGCCACAGACAGAUGACCCGGCAACGCAGCAGAGCCAGGCGAUUCUCAAGUUCUUGCCGCUCAUGAUCGGCUGGUUUUCCCUCACGGUGCCCUCCGGCCUCUCGCUCUACUG